AUGUUCUGCUUUGGAAGCUUGACGGGCUUGUUGCAAACGUAUGGACCAAGCUUGACAAAUGUGUGGAUGCGUGAUUCGAUUGGGCUCAGCCAGAGAUGGGACUGCUGUGGGAUAGGCAUCAUGGAUUCUCAUCGAAGGUCGGCUAGUGAAGGCCGCACUGCUCACAAGUGGUACCGCGCUGUUACUCCUCAUGUCCGUCCUCAGGAUAGAGACAGCCUCAAUGAUUGGCAACGAGCCUAUGACAACAGAUUUAUGGUGACAUCUUUGACCUAUAUGCACCGGCACGUUGGCGAAUGCGUCGAGCAAGCCCACCGGACGCAUUUCGAAAAGCAGGACUACUUUCGCCAGCACCAGCUACCGAACCUCACCUGGAUGGACCUUCACAUGAUGACCCACGACCGAUCUAUUCGUCAGAGACAACCUGCGUACUAUGGUGACGUUGGUGGUCCUCCACGAAUUGGAGUCUUGGCCAAGCGCCAGGCGACUCCAUUGGCCAACAAAGUGCUUCAGCCGAAGUUGAAUCUCGGCAGUAAGGCAUUGCGCGGAUUUGGUUCGAACUUUGGCGCAAAGUGA